CCCGGGGGGGCCCCGCCAUGAGCCUGGAAGAGGGGGAGACCCCGGGGCGGGGGCGCCCGGGGCGGACCCGCCGGGCCCUCCCGCUCCUCCCGUCGGCGGCCGCGCACGGGGCCCGCGCCCCGCUGCUGGCGCCGUGCCGGGCGGACGGCCGCGUGCCCUCCCGCCCCUCCUCGGCCGUGCUGCCGGCGGAGCCGACCGCCGCCGCAGUCGGCGGGCUCCCCGCCGGCCCCUCCGCCCCGCCGGCCCCGCUCCACGGCGUCGACGACAACCCGGCCGUCCGCCUGCGGCCCCACGUGGACCCCGCCACCUACCAGGUGCUCGGCGACCUGAAGGUCGGCAGCACGGCCCUGCCGCCGCUCGGCGUCUACCGUCUCGUCUCGGGCGCGGGCCCCGUGUCCGCCCAGCUGCUUCGGAGGCGGCGGCGGCCGCCGCCGGCCCCGCAGGACCUCCUCCUUUACUGGGGCGCGGCGGUGAACCGGGGCCCCACGUGACCGGCGGCGGCCCCGGCCCGCCGACCGGCUGCUCCCGUCGGCCGUCUCGGAGCGCGGCGGCGGCGCCCGGCUCUCCGUCAUCUCCUCCUCCCUCGCGGUCGACGCGGCGCCGUCGGCCGCCCUCCCCGGCCUGCGGCUCCCCGUCGCCUCCUCCUUCCCGGCCCUGCCGCUCGUCGGUCUGGCGUCCACCCGUACCGUGGCGGCCGCUAGCCGGCGUCCCCCCGGCCGGCGCCCCUCGCUUUCUCUACCCACCGCCCCCACACUCCGUUUCCCCGGGGUCUCAUCCUCCCCGAACUCUUCCCUCCGCGACACAAGUGCCUUGUGGGGAGAGAGCUGGGUGGCUCCUGGAGAGUGGGAGCGGAACGGGGUUGGCCCAAGGCACCGCCUUGGGAAGCAGCGUGGCCUAGUGGAAAGAGCCCGGGCCCGAGAGUCAGGGCACCUGGGUUCUAAUCCCGACUCCA